UUUCCUGCCGUUGUGCGGCAGGUUACUUGAGGUCAACCUCCCAGUGGCGGGAUAGUGUCGCCCUCUUGCAGCUUGGCUUGGUAGAAUUUGUAGUUCAGCUGAUUAUGUGGCUCUAUUUUAGCGAUAAAUGCCAUUUUUAUGGCACCCCGACGCAUGUAUCUACCACCUAGAUGUACAUUCUGUUGAAGUCCCGUGACAGAGCGACAUGAUUCUGCCAUCUGACGUCGCAAGGCUUGUCCUUGGUUACCUGUCUGAUGAGGGUUUGGUGAGGAGUAGACAGGUGUUCCUGGAGGAGAGUCCUCACCUGUCGGAGAUCCGACAGACGGCAGCCCAGGGACAGCAGGUGUAUAUACAGCCUGUUCUUGGAAAGGACUUGAAGGGUAUUUUGGAGGAGUAUGCUGCCAUCAGGACACAAGAUGAACUGCAGCAGGGUAACAAUGUGCUGGGCCUGUUAUGGAAGAAACUGGACACUAUUGUAUCCCAGAUAAGACAUUACAAGGGCCCUCAUGCUGCCAUUGCUGGUCAGGCCUCCGGUUUCCAUGGCAGCUCACACCCCAAACAGUCCUCCAGCCAAUCACACCGCACCUUCAACCUGAUGACCAACAUGCGGAGGAACCACCUGCAGAGGGGACACGUGCAGGCUACACCUGCUGCAGCUGUAGUUAUUGCACCUGCGACAUCCGCACCACAUCCGGCACCUGUGACGACAGUGGUGGUGAACAGGGAUGGGCAGCAGCAGCUGGUGACAUCUGCACCAGGCCCAGGGCAAGGACAUGCUGUAUCUGUGCAGACAGCUUCUUGUACAGUACCAGCACCUGCUACAACUCCAGUGCCUGACACAACUCCAGCACCUGUCACAACUCCAUUGCCCAUUACAACUCCAGCACCUGUUACAACUCCUGUCAAGAACUUCCUACAGAAUCAGGAAGGUUCUGAGAAGGACUUCUCCCAUGCCAGGUCCCCCAAGAGGAAAAGAGCUGCUCCAAAGCGGCUGACAGCAGUACCAGAGCUACAGAAGCCAGUGGAGUAUCUUCUAAAUAGUGAUGACCUGCUAGCCAAGCUGGCACACACCAUCGGGAGAGUCCACUUUGGCCAAGAUGGUGAAGAACAGGACCAGAGACAGGAAACAAGAAAGACAGACAGUCUCUCCGUCCCCACCACCCCUUCUGCACCCCCUGGCCCCCCAGACCCUGAGGUGGCACCCUUACCUCUCCCUGCCGGCGAGAUCUCCAACAUCCUGGACGAGUUCAGUGACCUUUUCGACAUGCUGGGAAACAUUGAGACUCCAGUCAGUGGUUCAAAAGGCACACAAGAACGCAGGCCUGACAGGUCCAACACUGCCACUCCCAUCAGCCUCACCGAUGCCUUAGACUGGUCGGACAUCGGCAUGCCUGAAGAUCAGCUUCCGUCAUCGUCUGCUGAAGCAAGCACGGACACUCACAGCACCAGGGGACUAGGGAACAGUAGUACACCACAAAAUAUCUGUACCACAACAUCAUCUGCUGUACUUGUGAACAGUACUGCACCUAUGACUACUACUGCUGCGCACAUGCCAGGCAGUGUUGUGAUCCAGCCCACCACAGGGCCUGUGUCCUGUACCCCAGCAGUAGUGAACAGUACAACUACAGGUGUACAGAACAUCCAGCCACAGCCUGCACAGAUGUCAUCUACAGUACCAGUCUUGCUUCAGGCCCAACCCUUAGCAACAGUGGCCCCGCCUCAAAUCAUUGCAGUGCCACGAGGAAUGGCAGUCAUACAGCAGAACUCCACAUCUCUCCCCUCUAGUGUUGUAUCCUCCAACAGUAGCAUGGCUUGUAUUUCAUUGGUUGGUGGAACAGUAGGCUUGCCAGUGCUGCAGUUAUCCUCUAGUCAGCAAGGGGUCUCCACUACAAGGAGCAAUGUGAUUUUUAACACUAACACACAAACUGUGCCCACCGCUCAGUCUAACAGGCAAAGUCGACUAAAUGUGGUCCCAAAACCGGUCCCUGGAAAGAAGCCUCUUCCAAAGACAACCAUUUCCUCCACACUCCCGAAACCCUCCCCUGCGAAAUAUGCCACAAAGCAGCUGACAGUAAGAGAGCAGGAUGCCAAGCCUCUUCAGGGCAUAGUUCUGCCCAGCCCCGGGAGGCAAACAAGCCCAGGAAUGUCGUCCAGCCAGGCAAGCUUGAGUGGCAGGGUGAAGACCGCCCAUGUCCGCAUCCUUGACUUUGGUGGGAGUGACGAGACAGUGGCAGACUCCUCUAGUUCCUCAUUCUCACAGCAGGCUCCAGGGAACCUGGGCAGGGUGCACUGGCUGAAACAGGCCAGCCAGCCACAACGACCAAAGCAGGCAAAAUCAUCAGUUACGGGGAGGAGGAAGCUGAGAAAUCCAGCCCAGACUGUCCCCCAGGCACCCAAGCAGACAGCUAUAGGAGCUGUAGAUGUAGUGGAGAAGCAGCUUGUGUUUGUACAACCUCAAACUUCAGGUAGUAACAGUCAAAGUGCUGUAAACCAACCUCUAGUCAACAAGGCAACAAGCUACAAAUCUGGGCAGGGCCAGGGGCUGGUCAGUAGUGUUGAGGUUGUGAACAGGAAAGUGCCUGUGUUAAGUGAAAAACGGAGUGUGAGUAGAGCUGAAUGUGUAGUGGAAAACUUGGACAUUGCUGCGUCUGUUGAGAUCAGUCAGAGUCGUGGGGCUCAUGGCAGAAGCAGAGUACAGGAAACCGACGAGGCCUUCAUUCCAGCAGCGUGCAGUCCUCCUAAGGACGACAGAACAGCGGGAGUUCAACUGCAAAGGUCAAUGGGCACUAGAUCACCACAAGCAAGAGAAGGUGCAAAGGACAGAAAUAGAAAACAGAAGGAGAAUGUACAAAAAGAGAGCAAAGUUGUGAGCAGGCAAAAAUACAGGAAAGACACAUACUCAAAAGCUGAGGUGUUUGAAGGCGUAAACCCAGACAGCCCGUCAACUAGUAGAACUUUGGCAGCAGAAACGUUAGUGAGCCUUGCUACUGCAAUCACUCUACACUCAGGCACUGCAGAUGAUGCAUUGGAUGACCAUGAUAAUGGAAAAGCCACAGCAAGUGGAGAACAGAGAAUAGGGAAUUCCACCGCUGUUGACACCUUGCAUACAGGCACUGCAGGUAAUACAACAGGCACAGAUACAGGUAUAUCAGCAAAAAAGUCACAUACUGGCGCAGAGAGCAGUUCAACAGACAGAAAUAAACAUGUAAUAGCUACAUCGGGCUCUGUAGAAAAGGAGACAAGAACUGAGAUGCUAAAACCCAAACAGCAGCAUCAGAAAAGAGAUGUCAUUGCCAGCAAUGCAAAGUCUCAGGAAGUCCCGGAAAAUAGACUAGCAGUAGAUAACAGCCUUGUUAGUCAGGAAAAAAGUAACACAGCUGGCCUCCAAAGAUCACAGCUCCAUGGUGUCCUUAGGACAGCUGGUGUUGACAGAACGGUUGGAAAUGCUCCCGCUAAUAGUGCUGAAAAAUUCAGUUCUGUAAAAGAAACGGCAGCGAGUGCUGUCACUGGAAAUCAAGAUGCUGUGAUAAGGGAACAGCCAAAAGCAGGUAGUGAUGAUGGAAGGACAUAUACAGGUGUAGGUGACAGGGGUGUGUUCAGGACAGAAAUGAAUAAAAACAGUGAAAAGUCAGAAAAGACACAAAAACAGAGACCUACAGGGAAGCAUGUUACCUUUUUGGAGGAAAGAAAUGCAGGCAAAGGUGCUGCUGGUGAUUUGGAGCCUGAAUCAGUCAGAUCAGAGGCUCAGAAUGAUAUAGCCCAGGAUGAGGUGCCAAGCUUGAUUGCCAGUCAAAAGGUUCCGAGCCCUGUCAAUGAAUUUUCAAAGACACUAUCACAACAAUCAGGGAAAAGGAAGGCGGAAAAAGCAGAGGGAAGACCACAGGAUGUUCCUGUUACCAAGCAGCAAGAAGUUACACCUGGCAGAGUGACUCUGCAGUCCAGAGAAAAUAAUUCAGAGAACAGUACAAUGGAAAGAAGAGGUGUUUUUGAUGAAAGGGUAGAAGAAGGGAAUGAGAGAGCAGAUGGAAAGAGGGAUGUGAGCAGAUCAAACCCUGUGAUUGUUGAGAUAAGAGGAGAGAAGAGAGGAAGGAGUGACAGUGAUACAAAGCCCGGCAAGAAACCAAAGACAAACAAACAGAGAUCAAAAGGUAGCAAGCAUGGGAAGCUGAAAUUUCCAGCCAACUUAGACGUGGAUAGUUUUCUGUCCAAAAUCCACAAUGGGAGCUGAGAGAAUUUUGGAGAUAAAGCUGAAUAAUUAAUGUGUGAUCAAAUAUCUAAAGAGAACUGUUACAGAACAUGACGUAUUACAGUGUUGUGUGUACUAGAUACUUUUUGCUCUUAGAAAAAAAUGACAAAGUUGCUGUAGGCUGUUGUGUGUAUUUUCUACUGAUAGUUGAGUGGUAGAAACAUUCUGCCCAACAAUGUCCAAUUCCUGCCUUUGCUGCUUGCCAAAUCUCUGGCAUCUAUGCAACUUUCAUCUGUUCUAGAGUUGUUCUCGACAGAAAUGUUAUAUUUUCAGUUUUGAUUGUGCUGUGGUUGGAACUUGAACUGAAUAAAAGUGUUUGUUUUUUUCAACCUGCUAGAAGUCCAGCUUUAGAAAUAUGUUGUUUCUCAGGUGAACUGUU